GUGCACCAGUUAAUACAGAACACUGGCUGUUACUUGUUGUGAGCAUAUUGGCGGGAAAUAAAAUUAUCUUCAAAUUCAGAAUUAAUUUUCGUUUGUCAAAAUAAAUAUUAUUAUAAAUUCUCAUUCUCAUUGACGGGUUGUUUUGUUAGAAUAAUCAAGCGAAAAUUUAAAAAGUGGAAUCAAUUGCCGUGACGGAUUUAAACUUAUUCAGCGAAUAAUAUUCAUCUAACCUUAAAAUGCUCCUGUUAGGCGAUUUUUUCCCUAAUUUCACCGCUAAUACCACCGCCGGCCAGAUAGAUUUUCAUGAAUAUCUUGGAGACUCAUGGGGUAUCCUUUUCUCUCACCCAUCAGACUUCACUCCAGUAUGUACUACGGAGUUGGCCCGAGUUCUAACUCUCAUGCCAGAGUUCAGGAAACGCAAUACCAAAGUGAUUGGACUGUCUUGUGACAGUAUUCAGUCUCAUGAAGAUUGGUGCAAAGAUAUUCAAGCAUAUGCAGGGUGCAAUGAAGACGAGAAGUUCCCUUAUCCUAUUAUCGAGGACAAAAACAGAGAGAUUGCAAAAAUGCUCUGCAUGGUGGAUAAGGAUGAACUAGAUACUGCGGGGAUGCCGCUCACCGCGCGCGCUUGCUUCAUUAUCGACCCUCUCAAAAAGUUCCGGCUUUCGUUCCUUUAUCCAGCGACUACUGGCCGCAACUUCGAUGAGAUUCUCCGUGUCUUGGAUUCCUUGCAGCUGACGGACACCGCUAAAGUUGCUACUCCUGUAGACUGGAAGAUGGGUGAAGACUGCAUGGUGCUGCCUACUGUCCCAGAGGAUCAGAUAGCUAAAGUGUUCCCUCAAGGUGUGACUAUAGUGCCUGUGCCAUCUGGAAAGGGUUAUCUGAGGAAGACGAAGUGCCCUAAGCAUUAACCGACAACAGUUGAACAGAUGUAAACCUUGAUAUUAUAUUUUCAAUUAUAUGCGAGUACCUACUGAAUAAAUUUAUCUUUGUAAA